GCCACGUCAUAAAGGGCGGUCCCCAACACACACCUCCCAGAGGCCCAGCCUUCCCCACGCUGGGGCCGCGCGGUUCUGCCCGCCGUGCUCUCCUGCCCUGGCCCGCAGCCUGCGGCCCUCCGACAUGGUGGACUACUACCAAGUGCUGGGCGUGCCCCGGCAGGCCUCGUCCGAGGCCAUCAGGAAGGCGUACCGCAAGCUGGCCCUCAAGUGGCACCCCGACAAAAACCCGGAGAACAAGGAGGAGGCGGAGAAGAGAUUCAAAGAGGUGGCUGAGGCCUACGAGGUGCUGUCGGACGCCAAGAAGCGGGACGUCUACGACCGUUAUGGCCAGGCCGGGGUGAGCGGAGGCGGCGGCGGCGCGCCCUUCCACGACCCCUUCGAGGACGUCUUCAGCUUCCGCGACCCGGCCGACGUCUUCAGGGAGUUCUUUGGUGGCCGCGACCCCUUUUCGUGGUGUGGGAGUGGUGCGGCAGGCAGCUUCAAGUCCGUGUCGACUUCCACCGAGAUAGUUAACGGCAAAAAAGUCACCACCAAGAGAAUCAUUGAGAAUGGCCAAGAAAGGGUGGAAGUGGAAGAAGACGGAGAGUUAAAGUCCCUGAUAAUAAACGGCAAAGAGCAGCUGCUCCACAUUGACACCAAGUAACGCCGUCUGUCUGACUCCGAGGCACAUUUGAGGAAUUGCAGGACCUAAUUUUAAGAUUGCGCGGGAACUCCACUUUCAGAACACCUGCACCCAAGAAUCUAUAAACAGUAAAUGCCAGCAACUAUUCUUUGUUACUGUCGGAACCACACGAAUAGACCUCUGUUUGUCUUUAAAACUGUUGUACAUAUCUGUAUGAACUUUGCUCUUUAUUAAACUUAAUCCCAAGGCAGAUGAUUAUUUUGUAGUGCUU